AUGUCGCACGAAUCUGUCUGGUACUCGCGCCCACGAACUUACGGCAAGGCCUCAAUUGGCUGGGGCAGUGUUGUCACUGGUGACAAGAAGAAGUCUGGGAUCAUUCGCAAGUAUGGAAUCAACAUGAGUCGCCAGGCUUUCCGUGAGAAGGCGCAGGAUAUUGGGUUUGUCAAGGUAUGUCGAAAUGCGCAGAAGGACGGUUCCUUUUGA